UUUCGUAAAUAGUUUCCGUUUAAAGCUCAAUUUGGUAAAACGUCCCAUAUAAAACCCCCCAGAAAACUUAAUUGAACCUCCAACUUUGGAUUUUGGGCUUUCUUUCAAUUCUUCAUUCAACCGCGCUUUCUUCUUCUUCUUCCCUUUCCUUCUCUCACCAUUAACACAAGAAGAGAGAGAACGAGAGAGAUGCGUGAGAACUAAGCUGUGAAAGACGAGAACAAUGGAGUUUUCCUCUAAAGUUCAUCUCUUCUUUCUCAUACUUUUUCUCUCAACAUUCUUCUGCUCCUGCUUAGACUCUUCAAUCCAAACUAUCGGUUUGGAGACUCCACAUCUCGUAAUCAAACCUGUCACCUUGCAGGGCUAUGUGCCUAAAGACAGUAAAGAAGUAUUAUCAUGUGAGCGUGUUCACGUUGUUCCUUGCUCAAGAAUUAAACUUGAGAGAUAUGCAAGCUCAAUUCGUCUUACAGUGGCACCUUCUGUAGUCAUUCCUGAGAGGUUACACAACAGAAUUCACAUAUGCCUGCAUAAGAAUGUUUCAAUUGGAAUGUGUCAGUGUGAAAAGGACGCAUGGAAACCCGUCCACAAUGGGUUAUGGGGCUCUAUAAUUUCUCCCUAUGAAGAUAAAUACAUUGAUGUGAAGUUUCGUGAUAUAUCGGGUUCAGUCACAGUCUCAGCCGCAGAAGAAUUCCAACGCUGGCGUCUGUUCAGUCUUGCAUUUGGAAUCAUUCUAUUAUUUGUUGCACCAAUUGUUAGCAGUUGGGUGCCUUUUUACUAUAGCAGUACAAUGGCUAUUGGGAUACUACUUGUUGUCCUAAUCAUUCUCUUCCAGGGGAUGAAAUUAUUGCCAACAGGCCGCAAAAAUUUCUUUUAUCUGACUAUAUAUGGAUCACUGCUGGGAGCUGGGUCCUUUCUCUUGCAUCAGUUUUCAAUGCUUGUGAAUUCCAUUCUUGUGAAUUUUGGCUUGAGUGAGGAGAUGCACAAUCCGGUAUCCAUUUUUCUAUUAGUUGGUGUUGUUCUUGCGGGAGCUGCAUUGGGUUACUGGAUUGUGCGAAGAUUUGUUAUAUCAGAUGAUGGAAGUGUUGAUGUUGGAGUUGCUCAAUUUGUGAAAUGGGCAAUGCGAAUUAUUGCGAGUACAUUUAUUCUUCAGGGCACUCCUGAUACUUUGUUCUCAUGGGCAACAGUGGUACUGUGUUGGUUGAUGUGCUCAUUAAUCUCUUCUAUGAAGUGGCCUGAUUCUGGGGAUAUAAAUUUUCAUUGGAGAAAAGCUGGAAAGGUGGCUCCUGGGCACAGUCGUGCCGAAUUUCUUAGGAGGUCUACAAAAACUAGUCCUCAAGGGAAGUUGUGGAAGUCUCCCAAUGCUGCACCUACCUGGAGGAACUCUCCUGUAAGAGGUUUGACAUCACCUUCUACUAAUAGGAGGGUGAAUGCUCAGAAGCAUUACUAUUCAAGCUUCCACAAGGUGCCUAAACAAAAGAUGUCCAAGAAGGAGUGGGAAGAUUUUACACGAGAAUCAACUAGGCAAGCUAUGGCUGAAUUGACCUCUAGCCCAGAAUUUAGUGAAUGGAUGAUUGAGAAUGCAGAUCGAAUACAUAUUCGAGCUGAUGAUAGCUCAGAUGAAGCAAUUGGUAGUGGUUCAGAUUCCACCGAUGAGACAGUUGUUGAUAAUGGCCCUCGGAUGGGUUUAUUCAAAUGGUAGUAAUCUGUUCGUGAUUUAGGGAUGUAUAGACUAGGAAAUUUUGAAUUUAUUAGCCAGAACAAUAUUUAGAUAGGGAUUUGUCGCUGCAGGGUUACUAUUUGAAGGUGCCUUGCGGGAAAAAAAAUUGUAGAGGUGCAUAGGUUAGGACAUUAGGAGUAAAGAUGUCAAUGUCAUGAACUAAAUAGUUUGGAUGUAAUUUGACGCGUAAUUGACAAUUUUCAUGCGACGAUUAAUAUUGAUGUACAUUAUGUUUAA